UCGCUAUGUACGCACGCGUCUACGCUUCUUCGUAAUAUUUCAAAUAUUAAAGUGUAACUACUCAAGGUCUACUUGUUUCCAACGCUCGAAUAUAAAAAGCAAGUGCUCGUUAGUAAAUUGCAAUCACAAUCGAAUCGGCAAUUUAGCAGUGCGCUCCGCCGAAACAACGCCACAGCACGCACGCAGUCACGCAUUUAUAGAAGAACGCACAGACGCACCAACGCACCGACGCACUUCACACUAAAAAAGAAGCGCAGAGGCAAUAAUAACAAGAAACACCACAAAAAUGCAUUUUCUCACUUUGACGCUUGUGGCAUGUGCAACCUUAGGCGCUGCCAACGCAGAUGUCUCACAUUUGGCCAAACACUACAUACCACCAAGAAUGAUGAUGCCACCUGUUGUGGCCGGCAGCGCAGUGCUAAUAGGUCCGAGUAAUAGCAUGCGCUUAACCCAUCGUGGGCAGCACACAGUGACCACAAUUGAGAAGCAGGAAUUGCGCGAGUUGCCGACACAAACGGAAUAUCUGCGACCGGGACGCAUGCCUUAUGGCAUUGGUGGCAACAUGGAAAACUACCAGGGACAAAAUGGCAUGCGCGCAGCUGAACGUGGUGUUGAGAAACCGCUGGCUAUGAUGAUGCCAAGAGAACUGUUGGCACCAGCACCACCGGCGCCAACAGCGACCGAACCAGCAAAGCAAGAACAAGCAGCAAUUGUUGCACCAAGUAACCGGUAUUUGGCGCCUGCGAUGAGCGAAAUGACAGAAGGACAGAUGAGGCAGCAUGCUGACAUGCUCUCGAAACAGUACUUGGCACCAGCGAGGAGCGAAAACACCGUGGAACAGAUGAGGGAUGGUGGUGAUAUGCCAUCGAAGCAGUACUUGGUACCAGCAAUGAUGAAAAUGCAACAACAAAGGCAAGCAAACGCAGCAGAUAUGCCCAGCAGACAGUAUUUGGCGCCAAUGGUAAAAGAUCAAGAGCAACAGCAAACACAGCAGCAAUCACAACAAUAUCAACAAGCACAAGAGCAGCAGCAACAACCAACACCAGCUGCACCAUCGCGACAAUAUCUAACACCAAUGCCGAUGCAUAUGCAAGACCAAAUGCAUGAAAUGCCUGCAAUGAGUGCACCAAGCAGACAAUACUUGGCGCCAGCGCCAACAAUGCCAGCCAGCAAUGAACAACAUUUGGAGCAGCAAUCAGCGCCAGCACCACAGUACUUGCCACCAAAACAGCAGAUGCAUGAAAUGCCCGUCAAUCAAUAUUUCGCGCCACACUCAAGCGACAGACAUGCCAUGACAAUGCAACAGCUAAUGGAGCAACAAAAAGAGAUGGCACAACCACCAGCCUCGCACUACUUGCCACCCACAAUGCAAAUGCAAGGUGAAUUAACUGCACCGCUAAUGCCGGCAACGCCGCCAAUGCAGCCAUCUCGUGAAUAUCUCAGUCCUUUUGGCGAGGCUGAAAAUGUUGCCGAAGCUGCGCAGGAAGUCUCUGAAAUGUUUGAUGACCACUCAGCACUACAACCGACACCACCACCAGCAGCUGAGAGGGAAGAGAAGCCCGCCAACUACUAUCUUCCUCCACAGUCCGUAGACGCGCAGCCAAUCAACUAUCAGCAAUACCGCGCGCUGACACAGUCGGUACCAUUAGCACCUGUUGAUUUUGUUCGUCAACAUCAACAGUUGAUGACGCAGUACAAUGGCGUAUCCGACACGCCAGUAUUUUUCGCGGAACCCACUCUACAAAAGGUGGCUGAGCCUACACCAGCACAUUACUUAGCAAAUGAUGGUUAUCAUUAUCGCGAUGGCGGUAACAAUAAUGUACUCAGUAACGGUAAUGAUGAGGCAAGACGCUUCCGUGUGAGACACUGAGCGUAUAGUUAGUGCGUCACUGUAACAUUUGUUACUAAUUUGUUAUAUGUUAUUAUUGUUUUCGUUGUUUUAGUUUAGUUUUCGAAUAAAAUGCAAUUAAAAUUUA